CCAAUAGCAGCUCUCAUCCUCGAGGGCGGAGAGAGGUGGUAUUUGAGUCCUCCGGUAUCCCAGCAGGCAGUGCAGCCUAGAGACGCUGACAAAGAACCGGAGGAGCAGUCGCAGCUGCUUUCCGAGGAGCCAGUGUUGCCGAGAUUGCCAAAAUGCUUUGGAAUUUUUAACUAACUUGACGAAAAGUCUAAAAUAGAUUUAAGACUCUAAAACAGAAGCUGCAGCAAGGGGGAUUCAGUGCCAAUGCAUCAACAAAAAAGACAGCUAGAGUUAGUGGAAGGAAAUCUUCCUGUUUUUGUGUUUCCCACGGAGCUAAUAUUUUAUGCAGAUGACCAGUCAACGCAUAAGCAAGUGUUGACUCUAUAUAAUCCCUAUGAGUUUGCCUUAAAGUUCAAAGUUUUGUGUACUACUCCAAAUAAGUAUGUUGUCGUUGAUGCUGCAGGUGCAGUAAAGCCUCAGUGUUGUGUGGAUAUUGUGAUACGUCAUAGAGAUGUUCGAUCCUGUCACUAUGGUGUAGUAGACAAAUUUCGUCUCCAAGUUUCUGAGCAAAGCCAGAGGAAGGCUUUAGGAAGGAAAGAGGUUGUGGCUACUCUUCUCCCUUCUGCAAAAGAGCAACAAAAGGAAGAAGAGGAAAAAAGAAUAAAGGAACCAUUGAGUGAAAGUUUAUUUUUUGAGCAGUCAUUUCAACCAGAAAAUAGAACUGUCUCCUCAGGACCUAGUUUACUAACUGUCUUCCUGGGAGUGGUGUGCAUUGCAGCUCUAAUGCUUCCUACACUGGGGGAUGUGGAAUCGCUGGUGCCUCUUUACCUCCACUUAAGUGUGAAUCAAAAAUUAGUGGCUGCUUACAUCUUAGGUCUUAUCACAAUGGCUAUACUUAGAACAUGAGCAAGGAAUUCAGUUGACUUCUGAAGUAAAUUUAUCUUGAAAAUAUGAAUGUGGACUGCCUUUUAUCUCUUUCACUCCAUGAAUAUGGUACAAACUAUUGAAUGAUUUACAGUGAUUAUAAAUGUAUAAUAUAUAUUUUAAAUUACUCUAUAAUUUUAUUCAAAGGACUUGGGGACAUUAUGUUACAGACAACAGGAUGCUUCUGAGUGACAUCUAGGAAAUUCUUUUAAGAAAUUAUUUUAUAAGCCAGGGUAGCAAUUCUUAUAUCAGACAAAAUGAAUUUCAAAACAAAGGCCAUAAAAAGAGACAUAGAAGGACACUUCAUGAUACUGAAGGGUAGAAUCCAUCAAGAAUAUAUAACCAUUGUAAACAUAUAUGCACCCAACAUAGGGGCACCCAAAUAUAUAAGGAACAUCUUGGAGGGAUUCAAGAAAAAUAUAGACAGCAACACCCUUAUCAUAGGGGAUUUUAACACUCCAUUGUCAACAAUGGACAGAUCUUCCAAGCAAAAUAUCAACAAGGAUAUAGUGGCACUGAAUGAUAUACUACAUCAAAUGGACUUAACUGAUAUAUACAAAGAACCGAAGAAGCUUCUGUGCUUUUCUACCCCAAAGAAGCAAAAUGUGCAUUCUUUUCAAAUACACAUGGAAUAUUUUCAAAGAUAGACCACAUGAUAGGACACAAAACAAGCUUCGACAAAUUCAAGAAAAAUUGAAACCAUAUUAGGCAUUUUCUCAGAUGACAAUGGCUUGAAACUAGAAACCAACCUCAAGAAAAAAACUCAAAUCCAUGGAGACUGAAUUGCAUGCUAUUAAACAAUGAAUGGGUUAAUAGAUCAAGGAAGAAAUCAAAAAAUUUCUGGAAACAAAUGAAAAUGAACACACAACAGCCCAGAACCUAUGGAACACAGUGGAGGCAAUCCUGAGAGGGAAGUUUAUAGCAAUAGAGGUCUACCUAAAAAAA